AAAUAAAAAUAAUUUGUUGCUGCCAAAAAAUACACGAACUAUGUGCGUUGCUACACGCACAAAAAUAUCCUAACAAGGCGGGCGUCGACAAUCAUGUUGUGCAGCCAUUCGCAGUUCAGACAUUAUUUUUUAUCUCGUACAUAGAGUUGAGCAAAGAUUUUUAAAUUUCACGUGUAGUUUCCCAAAAAAAAUAUUCCACAAUUGCUACCAUUAUUCAAUCCUCCAAGUUUAAUCGAUUCGUCGUGAAUUAAUACAAUGUCCAGGCGGGACAGGGCCUACGCGCAGGCAGAGGAGCGCUGGCUCGACAUCAUCGCGUCGAGAGGUGGCGUAUCGGUGGAACAAGCACAAGUCGGCCCAGGCCCUCUGGGCGGUGAAGCGGCCAAUGAAGAACGGGCCCACUUUAGCCGGGAACACAACGCGAAUGAGCAGCAACUGCUGGACCCUGCUGUGGACAGCCUGCUGCACAUAAUCUCCGACGACUCCGAGAUUUGCAGUCUAAUAUCGAGCGAUGGCACCGAGCUUCAUGGCUGGCCCGAAAAGGACGACCCCUCCACAGUGGAGAACGUGGACCAUGGCGUCUACGGACUCAUUCGCACAAUAUCGCAGUCACAGGGCGAAGAUCUACAAGCUGCACACUACUCGGCCUGCACGCCACCCAAAAGGGCGCGAAUGAGCUGUGAAAUAAUCGAAAUUAAUGAUUCUCCAGAGGAGGCCACAGACUCGGGUGUGGUCUUUAUGCAAUCGGUAUCCGCAAAUCCAGGAGUUCUGCUGACCAACGGCAGCCUCGUCGACUCUCAUAUGUUUGAGAUUUUGCCGCAUUCCGAGGAACAAGCUCUAGAAAUGGUUGAUCCAAGCGGCACCGAGCAGUGUGUUGUCUACGAGGAUGUGGACGGCGAAAUUGUCCUAGCCGAGGAGCACUGCUGCGAGAUAAUAGUCUCCACUCAGAACGAGCAGGCCUACCUUAUGUCCGGCAAUGGAGCGCUUCUCCGGCAUCAUUUGAACGGCUCGGGCUACAUCGAUGGCGUGGCAGGGGACGAGGAUGAGGAGGAGACGCGCAUGGAGGCCGGCAACAAUGUUUAUCUGAGCGAUGCGGCCCUGGACCAGCCCAUGGUCCAUCAUCAUGAGCUGGUCGAAGAAGAUGAGGGCGAGGGCGAGGAGGCGCACAAUGACAAUGAGCAUGAGAACGCAAACUUUGUGGACGACACUCCACUGGAGGAAGAGCGCCCCGAUAUAUGUCAGGUGUACGACCACGAGCUGGAAGACCACGACAACGAGGGCGAGGAAGAGGAUAAUAACCAGCAGGAGCACCGUCAUCAUCAUCAUCAGCUGCAGCUCGAGCAGGAGCUUCCCCUGGAGCAGGAGCUUCCCCUGGAGGAAGAGCUUCCCUUGGAGCAGGAGCUACCUCUAGAGCAUGUCCCAGAGAUGGACGCAGAGCAGCCAAUAGUCAUCAGCGACAUUGAGGAGGAGCAGCCCGAGCACAGCAGCCCCACACAGUUUCCAAAUAGCUCCUCGUCCACGCCCAAUGGCAGCGACAACUUCGACUACGAUGACGAUCUGGGCCUGGGCGAGGACGAUCGACAUAGAAAAAUGCAGCCAGCUAAGCGCAAGUAUCCGCCACUGCUGAAGAACACUCUCUUCGCGGAGGCCAUGGACCGGCGUCUGGCGACCAUUUGUCAGGCACAGCCGCAGAUGAGUCUCAGCGAGAAGGUGGCGACCUGGGAGAUGGCCACCACCCACGACUGUGAGGCUGUCGAGGAUGUAGAGAACUUUCAAGCCAACUUUGAGCAGCACGAGGCUUCCAUGGCUUCCAAACACCACAGCUUCAACGAGUUUCGCGAGACACUGGAGCGAAAUAUGGAAAAGGUCAACCGCCAGUUCAUGCGGAGUCCAGCCCAGUCGACAGUGGACCAUGGCCGGGCCAGCCCCAGUCAAGGAACGUCCGCUCAGGAGAAGCCUCUCAUUCAGCGACGACAGCUGCAUGUGCUGCACACAGAGGAUACCAUUGUUCUCGACGAUGACGAGGACGAUUGCUACGAGGUGGGCGGAGACAAUCCGUCUGUUGUCACCCUCACACCGGAGGUUGAACUGCAGGCACUCACCUCGGUGCAGGAGGAAGAACUGCAACAGCAGCAGCAGCAGGAGGAGGAGGAGGAGGAGGAGGGGCCCAAAAUCGCACCCGACAUGAAGACAAUUCAGACGCAGACAUCAGUCCAGCGACUGGCCACAAAGGAAACUUCCACAGCAGAUCUGGCACCGCUGCCAGUGGCCUCAGUAUCCACUGCCUCCGCAGAAUCUCCAGCCCCUGCUGCCGCACCCGAAGCACAGGCAAUGAAUGACAUGCCACCAGCCAUUAUAUCCACGGAAACUGCAGCUGACCGUGAGCUGGUGGACGUUGUCUUUGGAAUGAUGGGAAAGAAGGUGACGAAACAGCAACAGGAGCUACUGCUGGAGCAGCAACAUUCCCGAUUUGAGGAGAGUCUCCUUCCUCCAUUCGAUGUGUCGCAUGGCAUGAGGGCUGGACUGAAUGCUGUCGCCUUUGGCGAUUGCCCCAACGAUGCCAUGUUCUACGAGCAGCAAGAGUUCUGCAACUAUCUGGGACUUACGGAGAUGUCCACGGCCAAUGCGGUGGCCACAGCCAUGCGGGAGCUGGCCAACAGCACGGUGGCUCGACGCUCGCUGAGAGUGCGGCCGCAGGAGCAGCUGGACAGGAUGCGCAGCGAUGUGCGUGGCAAGCGGAAGGAGAGAAAGCAGCAGCUUCAGCUUCAGCUACAACAAAAUGUAGCGUUGAACACCAGCAGUGAGCAGAGCACAGAAGAGCAAGGCACAGCUGCAGCCGCUGAAGAGCAGCGCCAGUCCACACACGAGUACGACCAAUACUAUAGGGCACAGGGCGAUCGCCCAUUAGCCUCCGAUGCGGAGGACCAGGAAGCGGAGGAGAAUGCUGACAAUAGAUGCUUAAAGUCUGAUUUGGUUGAUGCGCAGGUCUUUGCCCAGAUCUGUGCUGCUCCCACACCCACCCAGGACCAGUUGCUGGAGACCUUGCAGCAGCAGAGCCUCAAGCGAGCGGAGGACAACAGAUGCUCCAGGUCUGAAGUGGUGAGGCUGGAGUGCAUGCAGAAGCGCUUGCGACAGGCACGUGAGUCGAAGCCAUCCAUCUACAUUGUCGAAGCGAUGAGCAAUGCACCGCCAGAAGUGCUGCCAGAGUCAUCACCAAAGCAGCGUACACGAGCGCGAACGCUGACGUCCUCUCCCAAGCGCAUUGUCGAAACUACGAGCUAUGACGGGCCGCGUCCCUCUCUGGAGAGCUCCAGCCCAGACAGAACCCAGUUGAAGUACAAUCCAAAGCUAACUAAAAACCAAGCGCAAACCUCCAAGGCUCCCCGUAAGAGUCAACCGGAAAGCAAGAAACCAAGGACCACGGCGGGUGCAGCAACCACCCCUAAAGCGGGCGCUCCUGCACGCACACGGGACCUGGUUACACGCUCCACGACGCACAUGAAUUCGAAGCUGCUGCGCAAUAGAAAGGUCAAUCUGCUGAAGAGCUAUGCCCUCACGGAUACGGCUGCUCAGGGCAAGGGCAAACGACUAAGCGGCGGCACCGCCGCAAGAGCAGCCGCAAAGAAAUCGGCCAAGGGCAACGCAAAGAAACCACCGGAACCCACCGACACCCAGGAGAAGAAGUUGCCCGAACAGCAUCGCCUCGAGCAGCAGCAGACGGCUCCUGCUACACCACCGCACACUCCAACAAAUAUGGCAGCAAGGGACACCAACGCUUUGACAGUAGAUGCUGGGGUUACACUCCCAAAGAGCGCCAGGCGUGAGCGAGCUCAGACUCUACCAGGGGCUGAGACCAAGGCGUCUGUUCAAACUGCGGCAGGCCCUUUGCCAGCUGCCCACUUAUCCAGUUUAAUGCAUGUUACUGCUGAUCCACUUCAAAUCCAUGGCUUGAUGGACGAUUCCCAAGGGUUUUUCGCAACCCACGCGCCUAUAUCCCCAGCUAAGGACCUAGUGGGUCGCUAUAUGUUAAGUUCCCGUCAAUUUGCUAAACAACAAGAGCCACAAGAGCUUUACAUGCAGGCCAAUCCCUCGGGCUAUACCCAAUAUAGUCAAAAAAACAGUUCAAACUAUGCCCAUGCCCAUGCCCAAGCCCAGUAUGCAAGUUUGUCCAAACCCGCAUUGAUCUAUCAGCCAAUGGGCAGAACAGAAGGCGGAAAGAAGGAACCAGAGAAGGAGCUACAUUUCUCACGUCGUCGGCCGUCGCAACAAACGGAAACUUCCGGACUAUAUACCGACAUAAAUCGUGCCCUUCCCCCCGGUGGCAUGGUGCGACUGAGCGAUGGAUCUCGUAUGUUAAGCAACCCGCUGGCGGGCAAACACGGCAAGGUGUUGUACAUCUACUAUGAGCUGGACCAGCUGAUAGUACUGCAGGAGCACUGCGUCAGCUUUUGGAAAUACUCGAAGGUCUUCAAUGUCUUGCACAAGCCACGAAGCCCAAACUCCACCGCGGCACAGAACACUGGAGCAUCCACACACUCGAUACUUUCAGGUGGCCAAGGCACCGAAUCGCAAGCCACCGAAUCUGAGCAAUCUCAUGCAGAUGAAGACUUUGAACGUGGCCCGCGUUGGGUGAAUCUGGGCAAACUGAGGCGCAUUACAAAUGACGCUGAGGUGUUUGCGCCGUUCGGGAACAGGCUUUGCGUGCACAACUCGACGCCUGUGUACGUGGAGAUGCGCUGCCAUCCGCUAGACCACCACAAGCGGGAAGUCACGCUGACUUCACUGCACGUGAACAUUUACUACUACUGCGAGGAGGAGCUGCGUCCCAAGAUGCAUUCCGUGCACCUGGAUGCGGUCAGCUGUGACGGUUCACAUGUGAUUUUCACAAGCAUUACAGAGUCUCGCUACUUUGUGGUAGCCUGGCAGCAGGAGGUAGUUAUGGGUAAGCCACGCUCUGGCAUCUGCAAGUACUCGCUGACGCCCACGCUGGACACGCUGGCCUCGAUACGCGAGUUCAAGCAGCUGCGCCACGAACUGAAGCACAUUGAGUGCCUCACGGAGGAUCGCCUUAUUGGCUAUGGUCAGACGCGCAUCACGAUCUGGGACCAUCGCAGCGGAGACACGCUGAUGAACUAUGACCUCUGCUGCCCGCUGGGCCGCAGCCUGACCGCCAUGCACUAUCCCAGCUUCGACAUGGACCAGAGCAGCAUACUGGUCCUCUAUCAGCACAUCGAGUCGCAUGAGCAGUCGGACAAACCCUCCGAGGUGCACGUAAUUGCCUGCGAGCUGUCGCAUGCGACGCCCUCGCAUCGUCUGCUGCAGGUUCACCGUCUGCCCGCACCACAGUUCAAUGAGCAACUUCAGGCCGUCAACACGGGCGAUCACCUGAUCCUCAAGGCCAUCACAGGCGAUGAGAUUUGGAUAAGUUCCGCCGAUCCCAGGCAGUUGACGUACGUGGCACCGCAGGGCAAUGGUUCGCUGCGGUUCUAUGCGCGCCACAAGUCUCAGGUUAUCGAGAUGACACAGCGCACCCUCACCGUAGACAGCAUCGCCAACCACAUGCUGCAACUGGCCGUGCAGCAGCAGCAACAGAUUAUGAACAGCAGCCAGUCGCCCAUGUCUUUAGCUGCUUCAAUCCUGUCCAUGCCCGUACCAGUAUGAACCCCACAAGAGUGCCUCAGCCUCAUCUGUCCCUGUCCCUUGAGCGAUUUGUAAUGGCGUCUAAAUCUGAAAUGUAAUAUUCAUAAAUCCCACAGAUGUACAACCACAACCCACACCCAAACCCUGACCCACUCGUCGUUUAUAUAUUUGAAGGUAUGUAAUAUCCGAUACAUCAUUAGUUCACUCUACUCCCAUCCCCUCUAGUCUAAGUCCUAAUUCUAAGUCGGCCUUAAUUAAGUCAUCCAUUUUGUAUCA